CUGGAACCUCACUAUUUCCAGGUUAUCCUCGUAGUAUUCGCUCCCGCUAUUAAUUUCUUUCCAAUUCGAACACCAUGUCGCAGAACACGGGCAAGGGCAGGACUCUGAUUGCCGCCAUUGGCGAUGAGGACACGAUUACCGGCUUGCUGCUGGCGGGCAUUGGCGAUAUUGACGCGCACCAGCGGGCAAACUUCAUGGUCGUUACCUCGAAGACCACGCAGGAGCAGAUCGAGGAGACAUUCACAUCAUUCACGCAGCGCAAAGAUAUCGCCAUCAUCCUUAUCAACCAGCACAUCGCCGAGUACAUCCGCGGUAUCCUGGACGAAUACAGUGCAGCGUUCCCGACAGUGCUCGAGAUCCCAUCCAAAGACCACCCGUACGAUCCGUCCAAGGACUCGGUACUGAAGCGCGUGCAGCUGCUGUUUGGCGAAUAAGCAACUCUUUCUCACACUUUGCAAAAAGAAUAUAUGGUUUCUUGUCAGCGCUACAGU